AGAUUUGUGUUUGGCUACCCCUUCCCCUUUCCCCACUACGCUUCCCCCGAGAUGAAGUUGAGAGCUACCUUUUUUUUCUAGAUCUUCCAUCCUCUAGAGAUGGGACGUUUCAGCAUUGCCGAGAUACUGUUCGUCCCCAGCCUCAAGACAGUUUUAGUUCUUUAGUGGAAAAAUAUUUUAUACCAAGUACUUGUAACUUGUUCGCCUAUUUGUCUGUAGAUCAUGGCCAUGGCCUGGGUUUUGCGUUUGUCUAGCACCUGUUGGUAACAACGACCAGUCAGGAUAUUUUCACGUCCAGGCAAUCCAAAAUGACCAAGGUAACUAGAGGUCUGCUAGCGCUAAUAGUGAACGCGGUACCAUUCUGGUUGGAUGAUUCGUAUGAGACGUCGUUCAACGGCAAUAUUAUCUUCCUCACUUGUACAAGAAGUACUCUUUUCGUCAAGGCGUUUCAGUUCGUGAAACCCCAGAAGAGUCUUAACAAAGGAAGCCUCCGCCGAGACAUCGUCGCAGGGAGUAGGAGAAAUCUCGACAGAUCCGAUCGAACGCGAGGGAGUCCCACUGCCGUGGCAGGCAGCAAGAAGUCCGGGCAGCACCAACCGAGGGAAGAUGCUACUGGAAUCUCCUGGGUUGCACGAGUACAGGAUCUCAGCUUUGCGGAGGAGGCACACCAUGCGAAAGCUUCGGGUGAUACCUGCGUGGGUUUCCAGCGGUGCAGCAUUCCGGUAACGGGAUGGGUGGACACUGGGAAUGGCGGCUACAGCGGCGUCGAGGCCAAGCUCGACGAGGAUUUAUGUGUGUGCGGGUCCGGCGAGAGCUGCUU